AUGGGGGCUCUGCAGCUGGCUCAGGAGGGGGACCGGCUGCUCUACUGGGGGGCCGGAGUCAUCACUCUGCUCUUCACGCUGCUGGCAGCCUUCACGUGCCGCCUGCUGCUGGAUUACCUGGGGAAGUGGAAGGCGCUGAAGCCGAUUCCGGGGGUCAGCCCCUGUUACCCUCUGCUGGGAAAUACUGUGUUCUUGGAGCGCAAAGGGGAAGAUUUCUUUAAUCAAUUAGUACACAUCUUCAAAGAAUACAGGAAUCUACCCCUGCUAAAACUUUGGAUAGGACCAUUGCCUUUUGUGAUUUUAUAUCAUCCAGAUACUGUGGAGGUUAUUCUAAACAAUUCAAAGCACAUAGAAAAAUCUUUUCCGUACAAAUUUCUACAUCCAUGGCUUGGCACAGGACUUCUAACAAGCACUGGAGAUAAGUGGCGUUCCAGAAGGAAAAUGAUAACUCCCACAUUCCACUUCACAAUCUUAGCUGAUUUUCUAGAAGUUAUGAACGAACAAGCCAGUAUUUUGGUUGAUAAUCUUGAAAAGCAUGUUGACAAAGAACCCUUUGAUUGCUUUCUAGACAUCACUCUCUGUGCCCUGGAUAUAAUCUGUGAAACUGCGAUGGGCAAGAAUGUUGGUGCGCAGAACAAUAGGGAUUCUAAAUAUGUCCGUGCUGUUUAUAAGAUGAGUGACCUCAUUCAUCAUAGACAGAAGUCUCCUUGGCUUUGGCCUAACUUGAUGUACCCUAUGUUCCAAGAAGGAAGGGAACAUAAUAGAAGCCUCAAGAUCCUUCACAGUUUUACUGACAACGUUAUUGCAGAAAAAGCCCAUGAAAUAGAGAACCACACACAACAGAAAGAUGACUUUGAUGACAACUGCGAACAAAGUGGGCCCAAAAGGAGAAGGGCUUUUCUUGAUAUGCUUCUCAGUACAACUGAUGAUGAAGGGAACAAACUGAGCUACAUGGAUAUUCGAGAGGAAGUGGAUACUUUCAUGUUUGAGGGGCAUGAUACAACAGCUGCUGCUAUGAACUGGGCCAUCUACUUACUUGGAUGCCAUCCUGAAGCCCAGAAGAAAGUUCACAGAGAAUUGGAUGAAGUGUUUGGGAACUCUGACCGGCCUGUCACAGUGGAUGACUUGAAGAAGCUCCGAUAUCUUGAGUGUGUUGUUAAGGAAGCCCUUCGUCUCUUCCCUUCUGUUCCAUUCUUUGCCCGCACCACAAGUGAAGAUUGCCAUAUUAGAGGAUUUAAGAUACCAAAAGCAACAGAGGUAGUUGUGGUUCCUUACGUACUGCACAGAGAACCGGAGAUUUUUCCAGACCCGGAAGAAUUUAGGCCUGAGCGAUUCUUCCCUGAGAAUUCUAAGGGAAGGCACCCAUAUGCAUAUGUGCCCUUCUCUGCUGGACCCAGAAACUGUAUUGGCCAACGCUUUGCACAGAUGGAAGAGAAAACUGUUCUAGCCAUCAUCCUACGGCACUUUUGGGUGGAAACAAGUCAAGAGCGAGAAGGGCUUGGCCUCGUGGGAGAACUAAUACUUCGCCCAAAUAAGGGCAUUUGGAUCCAACUGAAGAGAAGAGAGUGUGUGUCAGAAGAAGAAAUCUCACAAGGAUUUUAGAUCCUAAAACAUGUGCUCAGCAGUAUAAUGUAGUGCACUCUGAUCACAAAAUCUUUUUACAGAAUUGUAAAUAUAUCAAAAUAUUUCAGAAUCUCUAGGCCUUUCGUACUAAGGAUAUGAUCUUUUCCUCCCAUUCAGAUGGCAGGAUGUCUCAGAAAGUAGCAUUGACAGUUGAUAAUCUUGUAUCCUUACCAUCCAUUGUCUUGGCACAUUCCAUCAUCUUCUCUGAGAUGACCAUUCAUGUCGCUCCUUGAAAUGGUCAAUUGACUGACUUCUCACCCUUGAGGGAAAGUUAAUAAAGUUUAGGACAUGCCCAGUUUCCACUCUCCAAGAGUAGGGUUAUGGAGGUUGUCUUCUAACCAUAGUCUAUAACAGCACUUUGUGUUGGCAAUUAAGAGUCUCCAUUAGAAUAUUUUUGGUGGAUGAGUUCCCUUAUUUGAGGGAAAUUAGACAACUGUAGUUCUCGCCUGGAACUGUGGCAGGCGAUUUAAUGUAGAUGAUUUUAUGUGAAUUUGGAGCUAUCUGCAAACAAUGAACCAGAUCCUUGGCUGGUGUGAAUCAGCUUAUCUCUGGGGACUUAAAUAAAAUAAUAAAUAAUAAUUGACUUCAAUGGAGCUGGGUGAGUUUACACCAGCUGAGGAUCUGGACCAGUAUAUUUUUAGUUAUUAUGUUUGGGAGUUUUUGGUGAAUUCAUUCAGUAAUUUGUCAUGUGUUAAAUAAACUCCACUCUCACUUACAGCACUGCAGCCCUCCGAGCUUCAGUAGGGUUGCAGUACAAUGAGAGGAGAAUUUGUCAAAUGACUUCAAGUGUGCCUAUUGAAGGAAAAGAAAUAUUUUCCAACAUGUAUGUGUUCUUCACAGUUAUUUUUGAAUGUUAUUGUAUCCUUGAUUGUUGGAUUAAUUUGUCAUGUAAUUUAUAGUAUGAUAUAAUAAGCAGUUGAUUCUCAUUGAGAUUUAUGUA